AUUAUCAGCAGCAGCAACAAACGAUCGCAGCAUGGAAACAAAGCCCGACGGCCGCCGUCCCCGCCGAAGCUGCCGAUCCUUGGGAACCUCCACCAAGUGGGAAAGUAUCCUCACCGAACUUUCCCCGCCUUGGCGAAGCUUUAUGGCGGCCCUGACCUCAUGCUGCUCCACUUUGGCAGCAGGCCGGUAUUAGUGGUCUCCACCUCCAAGGCGGCGCGUGAGGUGAUGAAGACCAACGACCUCAUCUCCGCCGACCGGCCAGAUCUGAAAACCGCUAAGAAGCUUCUCUACGAUAACAAAGACAUCGCCAACGCUCGCUACGGCGAGCACUGGAGGCAGGCCAGACGACUGUGCGUGCUUCAUCUCCUCAGCAACAAGAAAAUCCAGUCCUGCCAUGCUUUGAGGGAGGAGGAAAUCGGGUUGCUGGUCAAUCGGAUUCGAGCAAGUGCCCAAACGGGCCAGGUAGAUGGUAAUGAGGUGAACUUGAGCGCGCUACUUCCCUGCUUCACCAACGACGUCAUCUGCAGGAUGGCGCUCGGGAGGAAGUACGAUGGCAAUACCGUCUUUAGGGAUCUUUUGGCAGAGCUCAUGGAGUUGGUUGUUACAUUAAGUGUGGGCGAGUUCAUUCCUCAGCUCUCGUGGGUGAGUCGACUCACUGGGUUCGACGCUCGAGUCGAUAGGGUGGCUAGACGAUUUGAUGAGUUUCUUGAUGGAGCGGUCUUGGAGAGCGCGGCUCGUUUGGAGAAACGGAGCAACAUGAUAGAAAGGGGAAAAGAAGAAGAAGAUGUCUUACUGCAGCUCCAAAGGGACAGCCCAGACGACUUCCACCUGGAUGGAGACGGGAUCAAAGCAGUCAUCUUGGACAUGUUCAUCGGAGGAACAGAUACAACCUCAACGCUUUUGGAAUGGGCAAUGUCGGAGCUGAUGAAACACCCGAGGGUGAUGAAGAAGCUGCAGGAGGAGGUCAGAAGAGAAGUUGGUGGUGAAUGUGUCAUUAUUUUUGAAGCUAAUUUGCACAAGCUGGAGUACCUAAAGCUAGUAAUCAAAGAGACGAUUCGAUUGCACCCGCCAGUCCCGCUGCUACCUCCAAGGCAAUUGAUGCAAGAUGCGACCAUAAUGGGGUACGAUGUAUCUGCAGGAACCAUGAUCCUCACCAAUGCCUGGGGGAUCGGAAGGGACCCGGCCGAUUGGGGGGUAUCGCCUGACGAAUUUCAGCCGGAGCGAUUUCUCCAAGCCAAAGUGGAUUUCAAAGGCCAAGAUUUUCAGCUGAUACCUUUUGGAGCUGGAAGGCGAUGCUGUCCGGGGAUUUCUUUCGGCCUCGCCGUCGUGGAGGUGGCGCUGGCGAAUCUGGUGAGGGACUUUGACUGGAAGCUUCCCGGUGGAAUGAGAGGGGAGGAUUUGGACAUGUCUGAGUGUGUUGGUCUUACAGCCCGCCGAGACCUCCCUCUUCUCACCAUACCCACCAUUGUCUCUGCCCGUCGGCCAACUUAA